AGUUGGAUCAACCAGUCUCCGCUGGUUCACGGGGCCUGACACAUUUCCUCCACGGUAUCAGCGAUGAUCUUCGUCAGCAGCAUCGCAACCACUUGUUCGUGGUGGACAAUGAAGCACUCCACUCUGCGGCAAACCAGUUGGUGAAUCAGCUGUCCAUUUCUGGUCGUGCUGUUUUGGGUCCAGAAGAUAGCCAAGAUGUACCAACAACCACCGACCUGCAUGGGUCAUGGGAGCGUGUAGUCAUGAAUCAGUGAUUGGCUGAUUCAUGGAGCUAUGUAUAGAGAUAUGUACUUGUAUACUCCCCAAGCUUUCUUGACUUGUUAAAUCGUGGGUAACACGAUCUCGCUCACUUGAUCAUUGCAUAUCCUCACCUUCCUAGAAAGAACUUUCAACUUAUCCUUAUAAUGAUGAUUACGGUGAUUUUGGCCUUCACUUUACACAGCCGGUGAAAUCUCCCCGUUUGCUUCGUGCAGGCCUAAUUCUCAAGAAGAAUACGGUUGUCGACUAUCCUGCGGUUUGUCUCCCAUUUAAUAGAAUGAAUCAAGGAAGGCAGAAUCUGAGUAAAGAUUUUUUCCGUAA